UGUGCAUUGGGGAAAACAAAAAUCCUUCCUGACUCCUCCAGGCAUGGUCUGAAGACCAGAAGCAUGAGAUUUGAUUACAGUCAUUGUCUGAAUGUGGACCUGCAAGUGCUCUGAGUAUGUUGAGAGAAAUAACAAGCAAUCCUAUUUUCUCCAUGUCCCAUGAAGGCAAGGGAUGAACAGGGAGAUUAAUAGAAUCCAAGGCCAGAAGAGAUUAUCUCCAUCGGCAAGUUGAGCCCCUGCACACACAGCCUAUAAAACUUCCCCUAGGCUGGACUAGAGCCCAGUGGAUGGGGCCUUUGGGGGUCAGGGCAGAGACUGGGCUGGAGCCCAAGGGAUUAGUUUUAGAGGGACAGAGCCCAGGUAUUGUGGGGGAGGGAAGGUUGAGCUUGAAGCUGGGUUAUGGGGUGGGAGCUGAGGCUAUUGGGGGUCUGAGACAACAGCCAUAUUGUUGGGGUAUGUAGAGACUGAGCUAGAACCAAGGUUAUUGGGGUCAGAGACCAGGUUAUUAGGGGAAGGGAUGGAGAUUAUUGGGAUGAAGAGCUGAGCCAGAAUCAGGACCCACAAUAUGAGGCGAGAGGGACUGGGGCUGCAUUGGAGCACAGAGCCCAGUUUAUCAGGGAGACAGGAGUGUAGGACACUGGUUGUGGGAGGCAGAAGCUGGACUGCAGCUCAUGUUGUUGGGGAAGGGGUUGAGCCUAAGCCAGUAUUAUCAGGGUCUGUGAGGAGGAACAGGCAGAGGCUUGGGUAGAAUUCAGUUCAGGUUAUUGGAGGGUGGGAGAGGACCCACCUGGGUCCGGUUAUGGGAGAGGCAAAUGGAGGCUGAAAUAGAGCUCCAUGCGCAUGUUGUUGGAGGUGGUGAGCGGAGUGCAGGUUUUUGUCAGGCAGGAGUAGUAAAUACCAGUUUAGCAACUAAACGAAAAAAAUCCAAGGGAUGUAGGCAGUCAUUUGCCAGAAUUGUGAUUAAAGUUUGAAAAGGGAGGUUUUUGGCUUAAUUUUAAUUUUCUCUGGGUCAGAAGAAGCUGGGUGUGGACUGGAAAUCUGUCUUGUGUUUUAUUUGAGGCUGUUGUAACAACUUAGCAGAAAUGUGCUUGGCUGGAGUAGUAUGGGAGACUGUCCAAGAACCCAAGGUCCAAAGAGGCUCAGUGCCUGUAACUGUAGGAUGUCACAAUGGGCGGAGAUAGAAUUCAAGAAUGAACAGAAUGGAGACUGUGCCUGCAUCACAAACAUGUGUAACAAUUUGACACUUCAUUGUUUGGUCAUCAUUUGAUUCUUGCCACAUGGAAAAGGAAUGACAAGAACAAAACUGAACUUAAAACCUGCCCUGUAGAAAAUGCCUGUGCUGCUGUACACUACAGCAAUGUCAGUUUUUCGGGGAUUAAGAAUAAUUAAAGAAUGCCUAAAAAUGGAAUUUUUACAUUUCUCCAGGGCAGUCAUUAAGAAAGCGUCAGCUCUAGAAUACAAAAUACAGAGGAGAGCUCUCCGUAAGGAAGACUUUAUCAAUUACAUUCAGUAUGAAAUUAAUCUGUUGGAACUGAUCAAGAAAAGAAGAUCGCGCAUUGGAUAUUCAUUUAAGAAGGAUGAGAUUGAGUAUUCUAUUGUGCAGAGAAUACAUGGCCUCUUCAGGCGUGCCACAGAAAAAUGGAAAGAUGACGUGCAGCUGUGGUUGUCACAUGUGGCUUUUUGCAAGAAAUGGAAUAAAAAAAUUCAGCUUAGCAAGGUGUUUUCUGCCAUGCUAGCCAUUCAUCCGAACAAGCCAGCAUUGUGGAUUAUGGCUGCCAAGUGGGAAAUGGAGGAACGCCUCUCAUCCGAAAGUGCCAGGCACUUGUUCCUUCGUGCAUUGCGCUUCCAUCCAGAGUCUCCAAAACUGUAUCAAGAAUAUUUCAGAAUGGAACUGAUGCAUGCUGAAAAGCAGAGAAAAGAAAAGAAAGAGUUUGAACAAGCCAAGAUGGACUUGGGCGAGUUCAGUUAUUCUGAAGAGGUUCUUAAUGGGGAAAUGGCUCGAAUAAUCUACAGAAAUGCUGUUCAGAAAAUCAAAGGUGCUGAGUUCUGCCUGUCCUUGCUUUCAAUUGCAAAGCUAUUUGAUUUUACACAAGACUUGCAAAAAGAAAUUCUUGAAAACUUGCAGGCUGAGCAUGCUGAUGAUCCUCUUACAUGGGACUACAUGGCCCGUCGGGAGCUGGAGAUGGGGUCCUUGCCAUCCCCAGAAUGUUCAUCUAAACAGAUGAAAGCAUCCGAGGUGGCCCAGAAAGAGGAGCGGUGCUGCGCAGUCUUUGAGGAAGCAGUGACAGCGCUCCCCACAGAGGCCAUGUGGAAAUGCUAUGUCACUUUUUGCCUGGAGAGACUUAACAGGAAAACCAAUAGUGAGGAAUUGAGACGGAAGAGGCUAGAAAGGACUUUGAGUGUAUUCAGCGGAGCCCAUGAGUCCACCUUGCUGCCAGAGACUUUAUACAAACAGUGGCUUCACCUGUUACUGGAGGUUGGCCUUUCUGAGAAGGCAACAGAGGUAGCUGCAGCUGCAACCAAACGGUUCAGCCAAUCGGUGGAAAUGUGGCACACGAGACUGCAGGUGCUAAUCAAACUGAACAGCAGCGAUGUGGCCCAGUGUUUUGAGGAAGCUGUGAGACAGGUGAAAUCUAAGGGCUGUUUACCGUUAUGGACUCUAUGGGUGGAAUGGAGUGAAGGAGCAAACAGCAAGGAAGACACACAAGCCCUCUACCAGAGAUCCUUAUUUGUCAUAGCCCCAGCUGACUCAGUAACCAUGAAAGAGAAGUACCUUGAUUGGGCCUACAGAGAUGGCGGUUAUAAGAAAGCAAAGAAAGUCUUUACCAGCCUGCAUGAAAGUCGCCCAUUUUCACUCGAGUUCUUCAGGAAAAUGAUUGAAAUAGAGAAGGAGCAAGAAUCCUGCAAGAUGCUUAAUCUGAGAGAAUACUAUGAACGUGCCCUGAGAGAGUUUGGUUCUACAGAUUCUGAUCUCUGGCUAGAUUACAUCAAAGAGGAGCUAAACCAUCCCCAAGGCAAACCAGUAAACUGCGGGAACAUUCACUGGAGAGCUAUGAAGAUGCUAGAGGGAGAGCUAGUAGAAAAAUUUGUUUCCAAAUACACUUUGCUGCAAACUGGACACUUGUGAAAAAUGCAGAUUACGUUGAACUUGCAAACGUUUCUGACAGACAAUAUCAAAGCGCAGAAUUUCUGGAGUUAGUUGGUUG